AUGGGAUGCGCAAGCUCCAGCACUGCUGCAGAUCCAAAAGCGGCCUCAGCACCGGCCACUGAGAGCACCACAUCAGCAGCAACGCGAAAUCCCGGUGAUGAUGGAUAUCCAGAAUACUGGUACCACAACAAGACCGCAGACCAGACAGCGAACGCUGGAGGGUUUGAUGACAUGUUUUAUGCUCCAGAUUCGGAGCACCACUGCUUCCAGGAGAUGAUUGAAGAGUCCUACGUCCCCAAGACGACCCAGGACCGCCCCUGCCCAAAGGGCACGUGUGGCAAGAAACCUGGAGGCUGCCCAUGCAAUCAGCCUGGAGGCGAUCCUGGACUGCCCGUGUCUUUUCACGUCCAGCGCGUAAUUCGCGUGGAGUCCUCGGAGUUGUGGGAUCGCUACCAGAAAAAGAAGCGAAGCAUCAUUGAAGCCCGGCCCGGCGGCGUCGAAGCAUUUGAUCCUCCGGUUAAAACAAACAACAAAGCCUGUGAGUAUACCGGUACCUUCGCACCAUUGGAUGCCUCGGUGAACGAGGUGUAUGCUUUCCAUGGCACCCAGGUUCGAUUUGCACUGUCCAUUGCAGAAAACGCCUUCAGAAUAGAUCUCGCUGGUUCCAGCACUGGAACGCUGUAUGGCCGAGGGGCAUACCUUGGCGAGUCUAUCAGCAAGGCCGAUGAAUAUGCAAAGGAUGAGCCUGGAGGGUAUUAUGACGGGGUGUUCGCGGUCCUGGUUUGCCGAGUAGUCAUGGGGAAGCUGAACUCAACCAGUUUCGACAGCAAAGCGGCAGAGAAAGUGAAGGCUGGACAGUUCGACAGCACCUGCGGCACUCGUGUCUUCCGAGAGCUGGUAAUCUAUGAUGCCGAUCAGUGCUAUCCAGAAUAUGUCGUCCUGUACAAGAGAAAGUACGCAAAGGAUCCUGAGGAGGAGGUCUCCAAGACGCGGAAGCGCCGCUUUUUCAUGCAGGUGCCGCUUCAUUGGAGGAACGUGGCGACUGACCUGGCUGCCGGCUUUCGGGAAGAGAUCGAGCUGCCAGGUCCGGGCACCUCUUGGAUGCAGUGCUUGGUGAAUCAAGCACAGCUCCAGCCCAGCCGCACACUUGUGUCGGCCAUUCGGCUGGAGGAUUCGCAAUUGUGGCAGCGCUACGUGCAAUUCAAAGCAGCGCUGCGUAGCAGGAUAGCGGACCAAAGUGAAGAUCAUUUGCGGCUCAAUUUUGUGGAGAAAGAUCUACGUGCGCUGAUGAAGCGCCCGUGCAAGUUCUUCAGAACCCCCCGGGGCUGCAAAUCUGGCGACAAAUGCAGGUUUUCGCACAACGAAUUUGGAGCAGAUUUGGAUGAUUUGAGCCUUGCAGCUGGCCGACGGUUGCCGGUGGAUGAGCUUGACAGGCGCUUGCAUGAGGGCUUCCUGUGGUAUCCAUGCACAGAAGCUGAAGCCAUUGACAUUAGCCAGGGCAACGUCAAGAAGGAUGAGACACUGCCAGGGACGCGCUUUUAUGAAAGCUUGCAAACCGCCUUGAAGCGGACGACGGGAAAGGAUGGCGUGAAAGUGGCUGUGCUAUGUCGAGUCAUGUGCGGGCUACCCGGCGUCGAUGUGACUGAUGAUGACACAGACUUCAUGAUCAUUGAGACCGACGAAAGUGGGCGCCGAGAAGUACUUGUCAAAGAUGGAAGCGGCGUUUAUCCUGAGUACCGUUUGACGUUGCACAGCAGUGAAGACGAGGAGACCGAGAAGAUGAUCGACAGCAUGGAUAAGGUACCUACAGGCGCAGAGUGUGCUUCAACCAUGAUGUUGUCAAAGAGAGCCCCCAACCCAUUCACGGAAACCCAUGCUACAAUAUUCUAUAACAUAUUACAAGAUACUGUAGUAUACUACAAUGUACGAAAAUAUUCUACAAUGUACAGUGCGCUGCGUUUGCCGCGUUCAUGGCAUGGCGCAUGGUCGGCCCAAAGUCACGGCUUGAGGCAAGGAAGAUCCUCCUCUGGCUAUCGAUGA